UUUGGCGGGUUGGUCUGCCGGCGGCCAGAGAGGGCACUGGGGACUGCUGAGUGUUGUCUCGUCCGUCCCCGAGUAUCUUUGCCCAGUGGCCUCGGGCCCGAGACAAAAGGGAGUGAGGACAGAAAACAAGAUGAAGAUGGCGCCGGCGCUGGUGCUCUUGGUUUUCGGAUACGCCCUGGAGCUAGACCUUGUCGACCCAAGCUUCCGUGGGCCGAGUUUGCGUCGCAUCCCUCUCAGUCAACCCAUCUUGUUCGUGGAAGCCAAGCUUGA